AUGACUUCCAAUCAGCUUGGUAAGGUUUUAUGCCACUCCAUCUACACACCUAAGAAAAUAACAGCCAUGUUGGUAUUAACGUGGCUCUAUCCAGCAUUAGUCUGCUCCCUUCCAUUCUUUGGUAUCGGUAAAUGGGGUUACUCAGACAAGUACAAGACUUGUACUCAAGACACCUCGGCUGAAUCUAGCGAUCUCUUUAGUUCGUUGGGAUCUGCUUUUAUCUUCCCCAUCCAACUCAUCAUUUUGUUCGUCUGUUACUUCAAGAUUUACCGCCACGUCACAGGCCACAUGAAGAAGAUGGUGGAAAAGGGCAUUGAGAUGCCGGAUUCCUCCACCGCGUCGAAUAGCAGCACCACCGUAAAGAUCAACAAGAGGCAGCUUGAGAUCACCAAAAAUCUCUUCAUUGUGGUGUGCGCCUUUAUUGCAUGUUUGGCUCCCUUCUUCAUUGCUCUGCUGAUACCGCCCAGCGAUCCCAUCAUCCCGUGGACUGGGGCGAUCAUCAUCUUCAACAGCGCCGUCAACCCCGUCAUCUACGGGGUCAAACACCCGCACUUUAAGGAGGUGCUCCGUCACAUGCUCCGGUGUCGGUACCACAUGAUUCCGGAACCAUCUAGCUGUCUCAGAACGAUGAGAACAAAAUAG